AUGGAGGCGUGCGUAGCCACUCCAGUUCGCCGCCCUGCCCACCCGUCCCCGUCCUCCCCAACCCCGUCGCCCUCGUCGCUGCGCCAGUGGCGGCCGGCGGCGCAGCGCAACCUGCGCAACCAGUGGUCGCGCAUGCUCGCCGCCAAGGCCCGGUGGCUGGCCGCCGCCGCCGACGGACGCUCGCACGCAUCCGCGCUCGUCAACGCCCACCUCUCCCGCAGUUACAUGUCUGGGAUGGAUUUGGGGGUGCUCAAGGACAUGCCGGGGAUCCGCGACAGGGCAAGCGCCAAGUUGGCACACAAGGAGGUGCAAUGCCGCGAGAUGCUUCUAUCAACCUACAAGGAGAUGGUCCUUGCCAUGUCCGACUUGGUUAAAGCUUCUCAAGCCAUGCGGUGUUUUUCCAAAAUAUCUUCCAGUAGCCCACUAGUCCGGUUUACCGACUCCCAAGAUGAUUUGAAUGAUUCAGGGGAUGGUGGGGGAGCUCCAGUAUUCAAAUCGAUCUCCAUCUCAGAAUUCGAGGAUCUUGCUCAAGAGUUUGUUCAGAUGUUUGCUUCGGAGUUACAAUUGAAGAGACUGAUUGUCUUGGAAUUCCUAUCGAUCAACCUAAAGGAAGGUCCAGAUCCUUCAUUAGAAUGGUCAGAUGAGCUAUAUGAUGGGGAAUUGCACAAAUUUCUGAUUACUGAGCUUCGGUCUGGAGACAGUUGCCCAUUGCCUGAAAACUGGAGGGCUGAUGUCUUGCAGGCACGGCUACCUGACCAUACUCCAGCGCAUGAGGUUUUGCAGGUUUAUUUAACCUCUUGGCUUGCUAAUGUGAAUAUCAAGAUGAGUAGAAUUGAAAAAAUAUUCGAGCUUGUUGGGGAAGAGAUGCAAACCAGACUGUGUUGAAGAUUUUGAUGCAUAUGCAAUGACUUGUCGUCCUUCAAGCCGUUUCUUUUCCUUAAUGGAACUCCUGAAGGCUAAAAUCUCAGCCUAUGUGAUCUUUCUCUUGUAUUACCCUGUUGUUAUUCUUUAAGUGCCCGGUAUGUAUUAAAGAUUUACUAAGUUGGUCAGCCAAAGAAUGGUUAGGACCAGAGCAACAUCAUCUUAACCUACAAAGUAUAAACUCGAAAUAUCUGGGAGAGAAACCAAAUUGGAAUCAUUAUCCGAGUUGUUAAAAUA